AUGUCGACUGCUUUUGCGCGUCCCAUUGACUGGGACAAGAAGACGGUCUCGGUCUCAACGACCUCCGUCUCGGAUGGCUCCGUGGACGUCCCGCCGCUGGGCGACCCGGCCAACGAGCGCCGCUUCUGGUGGCAGCGGCGCACCAGCCGGGGCUACGACCCCGAGAACAUUGCCACGCUGCCGAGCGUGUUUGACGACCCGGACACGGCCGACAAGUACCAGCCGCCGGAGAAUUGGGAAAACAUCAAGCGCUUCGACCCGCGUGCGCGGUGGACCUGGCGCGAGGAGUAUGCGCUGCUGCGCAAGAUUGACCUGCGCAUCAUGAGCUUUGCGUGCAUUAUGUUCAUCGCGCUCGAGCUCGACCGGUCGAACCUGGGCCAGGCGCUGUCGGACAACUUCUUGACCGACCUGGGGCUGACAACAAAUGGUAUGUCCUUGUUUUGGUCUCCCUUCGCUCGCCUUCUUGUCCUCGCUUCGCUCGCCUUCUUUUUGGCUGCCGCUGACCACCCAGACUACAAUCUCGGCAACACCGUCCGCCUCAUCUCCUUCCUCUGCGCCGAGAUCCCCUCGCAGCUCGUGUCCAAGUGGAUGGGCCCCGACCGCUGGAUCCCCCUGCAAAUGUGUCUCUGGAGCAUUGUCGCCGGCUCGCAGUUCUGGCUCCAGGGCCGGUCCUCGUUCCUCGCCACCCGCGCGCUCCUCGGCAUUCUCCAGGGCGGCUUCAUCCCCGACGUCAUCCUGUACCUGUCCUACUUUUACAAGCACUCCGAGAUGGCCCUCCGCCUCAGCUGGUUCUGGGGCAUGGACACGGGCGGCGAGAUCAUUGCCGACAUCCUGGCCUACGGCAUCCUCCACCUGCGCGGCGUGCACGGCCUGUCCGGCUGGCGGUGGCUGUUCUUGAUCGAGGGCAUCAUCACGCUCCUGGUCGGCCUGCUGGCGUUCCUGAUGAUGCCCGCCGGGCCGUGCCAGACGGCCAGCUGGUUCCGCGGCAAGAACGGCUGGUUUACGCCGCGCGAAGAGACCAUCAUCGUGAACCGCGUUCUGCGCGACGACCCGUCCAAGAGCGGCAUGCACAACCGCCAGCCCGUAACGCCCAAGCUGCUGUGGAAGAGCCUGUGCGACUACGACUUGUGGCCCUUGUAUAUGAUCGGUAUGCUCUUUGAGAUCCCGUCCAGCCCCCCCAGCAGCUACUUGACGCUGUCGCUUCGCGGCCUGGGGUUCACGACCUUCCAGGUCAACCUCCUCGCGAUUCCCCUCAACGUAUUGUCCAUCUUGACCAUGUUUCUGCUGGCCGCCUUCUCCGAGUGGUCCGGCCAGCUCACCUUGUCGUCCCUCUUCGCCCAGGUCUGGGUCCUGCCGUUCCUCGUCUGGCUCGAGGUCGCCUACUCCAGCGCCAGCAACAAGUGGGUCGUCUACGCCGUCAUGACGCUUUUUCUGUCGCAACCCUACGCGCACCCCAUUCAGGUGUCCUGGAACAGCCGCAACUCCAACACGGUCCGCUCGCGCACCGUGUCGGCCGCGGCCUACAACAUGUUUGUGCAGCUGUCGGGCAUCAUCAGCGCGCAAAUCUACCGCGCCGACGACGCGCCGCUGUACCGCCGGGGCAACAAGGUGCUGCUGGGCAUCCUGGCGCUCAACUUUGUCGUCUACGGCUUUGCCAAGGUCUACUACGUCAAGCGCAACCAGUACCGCGACCGCGUGUGGAACGGCAUGACGGAGGAACAGCGGCUGCACUACCUGGCGACGACCACGGACGAGGGCAACAAGCGGCUGGACUUUCGGUUUGCCCAUUAG